AUGAAGCACAUCAUCCAGCCCGUGUACCCGCGCCAACUGGUGUCGGCGAUCCCCAACAAGAUUCGAAACCACUUUGUCGCCGCCAUUGGCGAGUUCGUCGGCACAUUGCUCUUCCUCUUCUUCGCCUUCUCCGCCACCCAGGUCGCCAACGCCUCCCUCAAAGGCAACCGCGCUGCGCAGCAGCAGGGCCAAGAGGCCGACGAACAGCACGCCAUUGCUGACAGCCCCGAUACCGCAACACUGCUAUUCAUUGCAUUGGCCUUUGGCUUUAGUCUCGCUGUCAAUGCCUGGGUUUUCUUCCGCAUUAGCGGAGGUCUCUUCAAUCCCGCCGUCACUUUUGGUCUAGUACUCAUCGGCGCUAUGGGACCUGUGCGUGCUUUCCUCAUCUUUGUCGCUCAAAUACUUGGUGCGACUGCUGCUGCUGCUUUUGUCCAAGUGCUGUUCCCUGGCGAAAUGCGGAUUGCGACGGCUCUCGGUGGCGGGACGAGCGUCGCGCAGGGCGUUUGGAUUGAGGCUUUCCUAACUGCCGAGCUCGUCUUCACCAUCAUCAUGCUCGCCGCCGAGAAGCACAAGGGCACCUUUCUCGCCCCUAUUGGUAUAGGCCUGUCGCUCUUCAUUGCUGAAAUGACGGGUGUAUACUUCACUGGCGGCUCCCUCAACCCCGCGCGCACUGUUGGCCCCUGCAUCGUCCUGCACAGCUUCCCGAGCUACCACUGGAUCUACUGGGUCGGACCUGGUCUUGGCAGUGCUCUUGCGGCCGGCUUCUAUCAUCUCAUCAACAUCCUCGAGUAUGAAACGGCCAAUCCUGGACAAGACUUUAACGAAAAAGAAAUGGAUCGCUUCGUCUUUGACGAGGAGGCUGCCAAUACGCGCGCUCACGUCGUGCGCCCUGACGCUGUAGACGUUCUCGAGGUUCUCGAGCCUAUAGUGUCUCCGAUAGUUAGCUCUGGUAAUUCGGCUGAUCCGCUCCGUGGCCGAUCUCCUGUCAGCCGCACAUCACCUGAUCCUCCUAGUCUCACUCUACCUUUCUCACAAGUUGAAACUGCCCCUAUCGGCCCAAUCAAGGUGGAAUAA